AUGGCUCAGAAGAGCUUUCUGGCUUUCCUUGUUGCAAUGGGCAUCCUAGUGAGCCUGGGUGAUGCAUACUGCUGGAGGAAACCUCGCGGGCCAGGGGAGGCCAAAGACGGCUGUUUACUGAAUGGAAAACGGUAUCCCUUUGGACACAUUGAGAGGACAGAAGAUUGCUACCAAUGCGACUGUGAUGAAGGUGGAAUGCAAUGCUGUUCCCUCUUUCACACUCCUGUUGCUUAUGACAACAAGAAUUGUAAAGUUGUCUUCAACAAGAAGAGCUGCGACUAUGAUGUGGUGCAGAAGAACGACCCCUCUAAGAUGUGUUCUGUCUAUUCUCGUGUGGGCUAA